GUAGAAUCGCGCUGGAAUGCGUAUUGUUGGCACAGUACAAAGCCCUCUCGCUGCACAUUGUGUCCUGUAGGUGGCAUGGGUAAUCUAGCUAGGGUCUGAACCACCCUGCAUGAGAAAGCGAAGAAGAAGAAGGAGGAGGAGGAGGGGCUGCUGGCCUGGCAGCCCUAGCAAUAGGAUCAGCUCCUGCCUGUACAGCGCCGAUAAUGGCGACAGACGCAGGGCUGGGAUUUGUCCUCUGCACAUAAGGAGACCCAGCAGAGGGAAGCUGAUGUCCAGCAGCGGGCACUGGUUCCUCUUCUAGAUCGGGAUGGGCAUUCUUACCCCCGGGGUGUUCCUUCUUUUGCUCCAGGAACCCAACAAGAGGCAUCUGCAACUCCACUUUGGGGAUUUAAAUAAACACUUGAUCUGAAACGGAUACUCUGGCCCCGGGGCGGCGGUGGUGGUCGGUGGGGGGCUGGGAAUACAGUCGGAUUGUCCUCCUGGGAAGCUCAUCGGAUGUAAAAAAAAAAUGUCGGACAGCAAGGUAAAAGUGGCCGUGAGGGUCCGGCCCGUGAACCGGAGAGAAAUUGAUCUGAAUACCAAGUGUAUUGUGGAGAUGGAUGGGAAUCAGACAAUCCUGCAGCCGCCUCCUGCCAAUGCCAAGCAAGGAGAGAACAGAAAACCACCAAAAGUGUUUGCAUUUGAUUACUGCUUCUGGUCCAUGGAUGAAUCAAACACAUCUAAAUAUGCAGGUCAAGAAACUGUGUUUAAGUGCCUUGGUGAAGGAAUUCUUGAUAACGCCUUUCAGGGAUACAACGCAUGCAUUUUUGCAUAUGGGCAAACAGGAUCGGGAAAAUCUUUCUCCAUGAUGGGGACCACAGAUCAGCCAGGCCUUAUCCCACGGCUCUGCUGUGCUUUAUUUCAGAGAGCCUCCGGAGAAGAGAAUGACUCUCAGACCUUCAAAGUUGAGGUAUCUUAUAUGGAGAUUUACAAUGAGAAGGUCCGAGAUCUUUUAGACCCUAAAGGGAGUCGACAAUCCCUUAAAGUUCGGGAGCACAAAGUGUUGGGACCAUAUGUUGAUGGUUUAUCACAGUUAGCUGUAACUAAUUUUGAGGACAUUGAAUCAUUGAUGUCAGAAGGAAAUAAAUCCCGUACUGUUGCUGCAACAAAUAUGAAUGAGGAAAGCAGUCGAUCGCAUGCCGUAUUUAACAUCAUUCUCACGCAGACACUCUAUGAUCACCAGUCUGGUAAUUCAGGAGAACGUGUCAGUAAAGUCAGUCUGGUGGAUUUGGCCGGCAGUGAGAGAGUUUCCAAAACAGGCGCAGCAGGAGAGCGUUUAAAGGAAGGAAGUAACAUAAACAAAUCUCUCACCACAUUGGGGUUAGUCAUAUCUUCUCUGGCAGACCAAGCGGCUGGGAAAGGGAAGAGCAAGUUUGUGCCUUACAGAGAUUCUGUCCUCACAUGGCUUCUCAAGGACAAUUUGGGAGGCAAUAGCAAGACCGCCAUGAUAGCAACCAUUAGCCCAGCAGCCGACAAUUAUGAAGAGACACUCUCUACCUUAAGAUAUGCUGAUCGAGCUAAAAGGAUAGUCAAUCAUGCUGUAGUGAAUGAAGAUCCAAAUGCAAGAGUAAUCAGAGAACUGCGGGAGGAGGUGGAGAAACUCAGAGAGCAGCUGUCACAAGCAGAGUCUAUGAAGGCACCAGAGUUAAAAGAAAAACUGGAAGAAUCUGAGAAACUAAUUCGAGAUUUAACAAUCACUUGGGAAGAAAAGCUUAGGAAAACAGAAGCAAUUGCCCAGGAGAGGCAAAAACAGCUUGAAAGAAUGGGUAUAUCUCUUGAAUCCUCUGGUAUCAAGGUUGGUGAUGACAAAUGUUACUUGGUGAACCUCAAUGCCGAUCCUGCACUUAAUGAACUUCUAGUCUAUUAUUUAAAGGAUCACAACCAAGUUGGUGCUGACACUUCUCAGGAUAUACAGCUCUUUGGCAUAGGCAUUCAACCCGAGCACUGUGUGAUUGAUGUGGCCUCAGAUGGGGAAAUUUCUCUAACACCAAAGGAAAAUGCAAGAACUUGUGUAAACGGUGGGUUAGUGUGCUCGAGAACGCCACUGUGGCAUGGGGACCGAAUCCUGUGGGGAAACAACCACUUCUUUAGGCUCAAUGUUCCAAAGAGGAAGAGAAAAGAUUGGCCAAAGGAGUUUGAAAAAGAAGCCAGCUGUACAGAACAUGACUUGGAUGCAACCAGCGAGGCAUCAUCAGAACCUGACUACAACUAUGAGUUUGCACAAAUGGAAGUUAUAAUGAAAGCCCUGAAUAGCAAUGAUCCUGUCCAUAAUGUGGUCCAGGUUCUUGAGAAGCAGUAUUUGGAGGAGAAGAAACAUGCCCUGGAGGAACAGAGGCUGAUGUUUGAACGUGAGCUGGAACACUUACGGGAGCAGCUCUCUCCAGACAGACGGCACCAGCACAGUAAUGAGCGACUGUCUUACACAUCGCAAACUACUCAGCAGAAAAUGAGCAUGUGGGUAGAGGAGAGGGAUGAGUUGUUCAGACAUAGCCUCUCUAAACUCAGGGAGCAGAUUGUCAAAGCCAACACGCUUGUGAGAGAAGCCAACUUUCUGGCUGAAGAAAUGGACAAGAGCACAGAUUACCAAGUCACUCUACAAAUCCCGGCAGUAAACCUGAGUGCCAACCGCAAGAGGGGGGCAAUAGUAAGUGAGCCAGCCAUUCAGGUGCGGAGGAAAUGCAGAGGAACCCAAGUGUGGACCAUCGAGAAGCUGGAAAACAAGCUCAUAGACAUGAGAGAUGCUUAUCAAGAAUGGAAGGAGAAACCUGACGAGAGCAAACAGCUUACUUCUAAAAAGGGAGACCCAUUUUAUGAAGCUCAAGAAAACCACAACUUAAUUGGUGUGGCAAAUGUAUUCCUGGAGUGUCUUUUUUACGAUGUGAAACUCCAGUAUGCAGUGCCUAUCAUCAGCCAGCAGGGGGAGGUUGCAGGACGACUUCACAUUGAAGUGAUGCGGGUUACUGGGGUUGUGCCUGAGUGCUUAGUCGGUGACGACUCUUCAGAGAACUCAAGUGAAAGUGGAAGCUUUGAAAUAAUUGAUAACAGCGGUGAAAUCAUCCACCGGACAAAAAAACUGACUUGCCGAGUUAAAAUAAAAGAAGCAACCGGUCUUCCUCUGAACCUGUCCAACUUUGUCUUCUGCCAGUACACCUUUUGGGAUCAAUCUGAAGCUACUGUUGCGCCACCCAUGGUCAACCCAGACAUGCCUUCACUUCGAAGCAAAGAUGCCCAGUUUACUGUUAAAUUUGAUCAUUCUAAAGACUUUGUGGUACAUAUUACAGAAGAAUUUUUGGAGUUUAUUUCUGAAGGCGCACUUGCAAUUGAGGUUUGGGGUCACAGAUGUGCUGGGAACGGCAGGUCCUUGUGGGAGAUAGAUUCUCUUCAUGCUAAAUCCAGAACAUUAUGUGACAGGUGGAAUGAAGUGACGCGGAGAAUAGAAAUGUGGAUUUCCAUACAUGAGCUGAAUGAGAAUGGAGAAUACAUGCCUGUAGAGUUGCAUCAGGCCAAGGACGUGAACACUGGAGGCGUCUUCCAGCUUAGACAGGGACAUUCUCGAAGGAUUCAGGUGACUGUGAAGCCUGUACAGAAUUCUGGUACCUUGCCACUCAUGGUGGAAGCCAUACUUUCUGUCUCUGUGGGAGGUAUCACAGCCAGGUCGACUAAGCUGCAGAGGGGGCUGGACAGUUAUCAGAAAGAUGAUGAUGUUGAUGGUGAUGAUAUGGAUAGUUACCAGGAAGAAGAUUUAAACUGUGUGCGUGAAAGGUGGUCAGAUGCACUAAUUAAACGCAAGGAAUACUUGGAUGAACAGAUUCAGAAAAUCAUCAACAAGCAAGAGAAAACCGAGGAUGAUAUUGAGCGUGAGGCGAGGCUUGUUGAGCAGUGGGUAGGCCUGACAGAAGAGAGGAAUGCCGUCUUAGUUCCAGCACCUGGAAGUGGCAUUCCGGGGGCACCUGCAAACUGGACACCACCAGCUGGAAUGGAAACACAUAUCCCGGUGCUUUUCCUGGAUCUCAAUGCUGAUGACCUCAGUGCCAGUGAACAACUUGUAGGUUCUCAUGCGUCAGGAAUGAAUUCAAUACUACCAAAGGAGCAUGGGAGCCUCUUCUACUACCUGCCAAUCAUCAAGCACAGUGAUGAUGAGGUUUCAGCUAUAGCAUCCUGGGAUUCUGCAAUCCACGAGUCGGCUCACUUGAACAGGGUGACACCGCAGAAUGAGCGCAUCUAUCUAAUCGUAAAGGCCACAGUGCAGCUCAGUCACCCCGCUGCCAUGGAACUGGUCUUACGAAAGAGGAUUGCAGUCAACGUGUAUAACAAACAGAGUUUUACACAGAGUCUAAAAAGACGAAUGUCUACCAAGAAUAUUUUGUAUUCCUGUGGAGUGAGCUAUGAAAUAGUGUCCAAUAUACCAAAGGCAACAGAGGAAGCCGAGGACCGUGAAACUUUAGCUUUGAUGGCAGCAAGGAGUGAGUACGAGGGAACGGCUGAUGGAGAGUCCUACAUUGAAAAGUACACACGUGGAGUGCUGCAGGUGGAGAACAUACUGGGUCUUGAGCGCCUGAGGCAGGCUGUCACGGUAAAGGAAGCAAUUUCAAGCAAAACUAGGCACAUCCGGAGAAGCCUCAGCACACCAAACAUGCACAAUACAUGUUCUAGUCGCAUGGACCUCUCUGGUUGUGAUGAUGAUGACAAGGGUUGGUCAGAUAACCCAUUAGAUAUAUCAGAUUACUCCGCUAGUUCUAAAGAUGUAUCGUGUUAUGGAAUCCAAACAACCGAUUCACCUAGAAGAAAAGACAACUGUGGUCCACCAGAGAGCCCGAACGCCUUGGUGACAAGCCCAUUCAAAACAUUUUCUCCCCAACCACCAAAAUUCUUCAAGCCUUUAAUGCCAGUGAGAGAAGAACACAAGAGAAAGGCUCCAGUGGAAGCCCAGCCGCUCCUCGGUCAGGAGAGCAUGCCUUCACCCCAGACACAUAACACCAGCUGCAUGCCAGUAGAAAACAAUAACACUCAUGGAGAAACCAUUGAUUCCGAAGAAGAAGACAACGAAUUUGAGGCAACCAACAAAAAAGUAAUUGAGGCCUCCAGUUUCCAUAAUUUCAGGCCUUAUGUACCAGUGGAGUUUGCAGACUUCAGUGUUUACAAUGCUAGUCUAGACAGCAGGGACUGGUUAACUUCAAAGACAGACUUUGUUUGCUCCCGUUCCCUGGAUAAGGAGGUGUCUCGGAGCCCUACCACCAGCAGUAUUACUAGUGGAUAUUGUUCUCAUAGUGCUUCUAAUGCUACGCUUUCUGACAUGCUGGUUCCUUCCAGUGAAAGCACAGACCAGUUAGCCUGCCAAACCAGAGAUUUGGAAAGUCAUGAUCUUGCGGGAGACCAUUCUUCACAAGAUUACAAACCUUGCACAUAUAAAGAAUUUAAUGUUGGGAUCUGCUCUGAGAACACUAGAAGUUUCACAGAAAAAAGUGCCUUUGAUAAAGUGCCAUAUUGCACUACUGAACAAAAUGCUGCUGUCCUUAUUAGAACUGGGUCUUGUACUUCGGUGGGCUCUACAAACCACAAUAACAAAGAUAACUUUGUCAGCUUUUUACCAUGUGAAGUUGCUGUGGAGCAUACCUGUGAUAUUUUAGAGGACCACUCAUUCACAGAAUUCAUGGGUGUGGAAGAUGGCAAAGACUUUGAGGAUCAUGAAAGCUCACAAGUUUUCUCUUCAAAUGGGGACAAACAUAGGGUUGGAUUUAUGGGCUAUGACUCCAUUGAAUCAGGCCUCCCUUGUGACAUAUCUGUCCAGAACAUCAUAGAAGACAGUGAUCAGAAUUUAAACUGCCUGAGAGACUCUGCCUUAAGCAACAAACCUCAAUCCCAAUCUUCUGAGGACCAUUUGCUUGAAAAAAAUCAUAUGGAUCUUUCAGACUGUGAAGACAAUCCUUCCCAUAGUUCUCCAUGCAUCCUAGCAGUAGGAGAUCAAGUAUGCAUAGGGGAUAACAAGUUUGGAACUGUACGAUAUAUUGGAAGAGUUGACUUUGCGCAAGGCGUGUGGGUUGGCGUUGAACUUCAUGGUCAGCUAGGCAAACAUGAUGGAACAGUAAAAGGCAGAGAGUAUUUUCGCUGCAAGCCCAAGUAUGGAGUGUUUGUCAGGCCCAGUCGGCUAACCAAAGCACUUGGCUCAACAAAAAGAGGCAACGGCAGCACCAUGCGAUCCCUACCACCCUCCAGAGCAGAGAAGUGCAAGAGUGCUCUCCUCCGAGAAACUCCAGCUCCCAAGUCAGGGCAGGCGGCAACCUAUCACUCCGGGGAUCAAGCAGCGUCUGCUUUUUCUAGGAAACAAGAGAACAGAAAAUCCUGGAUUAACUAAGAUUCAGUAUUUGCACUUAUCGCACAUUUUGUGUGUAAACCACAUGCAGUUGAAAACAAAUACUAUUUUUGUACAGUUGUACAGUUUUACUCUUUCUAAAUUGUUUACUUGGCAUAGUCAAGAAUGUUGUUCUAACAUUUGUAACAAGGUCUAUUAAAUAGUCGUCUGCCUCGUAGGCAGGUUUUUUUGCUGCACACUUAAAACACGGUUAUAAAUAAUUAUUCAGAUAGGCAGGUACCGGUAUAUUCUUACGUGAGGACUUGGGAGUGAUAUUUUAAACAAAAGUAAACUAUUUUAUUCAGAUCAAAAAUAGAAUAUACAUGGCUGUACAAAUAAAAAGAUGCAGUAUAUUGUGUUUUUUUAACCAAAGAACCCGUGUGAAGUGGAAAUAUCUGUAAAUAGCAUUGCUUUUGUUGUGGGGAUCAUUGUUUUUUUUAUGUACACAUUAGUUGCUAUUAAGUGAGCACCAUGCUGCCUUUUUGUUAUCUUGUAGCCCUGUUUUCUGGUAAAUGGGGCAGUAUAUGUCAGAUAGUACUUCCAUCUAAGUGCUGACAGCUCAACCUGUCCCGUGGAAGUCAUACUUCUUGUAGUUUAUCAUUGCAGAUAACACAUACCACUCAUAUACAACUUAACUAUCAGGAACCACUCAAGAACUACUCAAGGUUUUUAAUAACCUAGAGAGAUACAGACGUGUAAAGGGAAAUAAA